AUCCUCCACUAGUUCUUUCUUCCUAUCUAUUCCUCUGACGGAAAAUUCUCUCUCUCAAGAACAAGCUCUGUUCUUGUUCUCUCUUUCUCUGGUUCAGAUCAAUUAAAUUAUGUUCUUGUUUUGAUUAGUAAAAGAGAGUGAGAAUUUCUAACUGUCCAAUAUUUCAAUCUGAAAAAUGGCUGUCACUACUCACUCUCUUAUCUCUACAGAAAAGAAACAUUGGUGGCUCACAAACCGAAAGAUUGUUGAGAAAUAUUUGAAAGAUGCUCGGAGCUUAAUAGCGACGCAAGAACAGAGCGAGAUUGUUUCGGCGUUGAAUCUUUUAGAUGCGGCUUUGGCUAUAUCUCCGCGGUUAGAUCAGGCGCUUGAGUUGAAAGCGAGGUCGUUGCUUUAUCUACGGAGGUUCAAGGAUGUUGCUGAUAUGCUUCAAGAAUAUAUUCCGAGUUUGAGAAUGGCGAAUGAAGAUCCUUCUUCGGGUUCUUCUGAGUCUUCUUCUAGGGAAGGUGUGAAGCUUCUUUCGUCUGAUUCUCCGGUGAGAGAUCAGAGUUUUAAGUGUUUCUCUGUUUCUGAUCUUAAGAAAAAGGUUAUGGCGGGUUUAUGGAAAAGCUGUGAUAAAGAAGGGCAAUGGAGAUACUUGGUUUUGGGUGAAGCGUGUUGCCAUUUAGGAUUAAUGGAGGAUGCAAUGGUUCUUCUUCAAACUGGGAAGCGGAUUGCCAGUGAUGCAUUCCGGCGAGAGAGUGUUUGCUGGUCCGACGAUAGUUUUCCUUUGUUAACCAUCCCGAUUGCCGGAGACAAUGCGAACCAACCAACCAAUUCACCGCCACGGGUUCCUAUAAAUGUGACAGAAAGAGUAACACACCUACUCAGCCACAUUAAGUUCCUCCUUCGCCGUCGUGCUGCAGCACUUGCUGCACUUGACGCUGGUCUUUACUCAGAAGCCAUACGUCAUUUCUCAAAAAUUGUAGACGGGCGGCGUGCUGCGCCACAAGGCUUCCUUGCGGAAUGCUACAUGCACAGAGCUUCCGCAAACCGCUCUGCCGGUCGAAUUGCUGAGUCUAUAGCUGAUUGUAACCGUACACUUUCUCUAGACCCAACUUGCAUUCAGGCCCUUGAAACCAGAGCUUCACUUUUCGAAACAAUUCGUUGCCUACCUGAUUCUCUACACGAUUUAGAACAUUUGAAACUUCUCUACAACUCCAUCUUACGUGACCGGAAACUUCCCGGUCCAGCAUGGAAGCGUCAAAACGUGAGAUACAGAGAGAUUCCAGGGAAACUAUGUGCUUUAGCCACCAAGAUUCAAGAACUGAAACAAAGGUUAGCUUCUGGGGAAACCACUAGUGUUGAUUACUAUGCAUUGAUUGGGAUUCGUCGAGGCUGUUCACGUUCUGAACUAGAAAGAGCUCAUUUAUUGCUCUGUCUUCGCCAUAAGCCGGAUAAAGCUACAAAUUUCAUCGAAAGAUGCGAGUUUGCGGAUGAACGCGAUAUUGAUACAGUUAAGGAGAAAGCAAAGAUGUGUUCAUUAUUAUUGUACAGAUUGAUUCAAAAGGGUUACACGAGCGUGAUGAGUAAUGUAUUAGACGAAGAAGCCGCUGAAAAACAAAGAAAGAAAAAUGCUGUUGCUGCUGCUGCACAGGCACAAGCACAGGCACAAGCACAGGCUCAAACACAUGCACAAACACAAGCACAGGUAGCAGCCAUUCAAGUAAUCAAGAAAACAAAUGAAUCUGAGUUGAAAAACAACAAGCCAGAAGUUAAGGUUGCUAAUGUUUUACAUGAAAAUGAUCAGUCUCAGUCUCUGAUAUCUUCCUGUACCGUAAACCCGGCGGUGUUUCAAGGCGUGUUUUGCCGCGAUCUUGCUGUAGUCGGAAGCUUGUUGACGCAGGUUGGAUUUAAUCGACCGAUUCCGGUGAAGUACGAAGCAUUGAGCUGCUAAGAAAGUUUUGAUGAUAAAAAAUUGGUGGGAGGGGCUGUUGGAGAUGUUACCGGCAGAGGGAAUCUCUGGUUCAUAUUCACUUUAUGAUUGUACAAACAAAAUGCAAAGGGUAAAAAAAUUUAGACUGCCGGAAAAUUUUGUCAUCUAUUCCUUUUUUUCUAAAAUCUUUUAUUAGUAAUUUUCUUUUCUAUCUAUCAUAUGUACAGAUCAAUUAUCAGUCUUGAGACUCUACUUUUGGAUUA